CAGGUAAUGCUGUAAUCUGACUCCGUGGAUCAGAUCACCACCUGAUUACAACAACAAUACAUCACGACAUACAGCUGCUGGUCCAGACAGGAAGUCCAGUCCAGAGGGGUUCUGUCCUAUCUCAUGCUCUGCAAAGGACAAAGACUCCAUCAAAUGCCUCACAGUCGGCCUCAGGAGCGGAACCACACAACCAAGUUUCAGGUCUCUGUUUGGACUCUGGCCAGGUGUGAGGAGACGACCACAAUGACGACUGAACCAUGAUAGAAGCAACGACAGCGGGCAGGUAGAGGGAGUAGCACACUAGCAUCAGCAGGUAACGACCAGGCGUUGUCAUGGCGGCGUGGCUCGGCAGGGUGUCUCUGGGCGACGCCUGGUACAACAUGUACUCCCGCAUGCUGAGGACCAAGCCGGUGGGCUCCAUGGCUCACGGCUCCGACGACCUCACCGAGCUGGCCGAGGGGUCGGCGGUGGGCCUGGCCAAGGUCCUGACCACCGUGGACCUGGUGUCGCUCGGGGUGGGCAGCUGCGUCGGCACGGGGAUGUAUGUGGUGGCUGGGCUGGUUGCCAAGGCGAUGGCCGGGCCAGGGGUCAUCCUGUCCUUCAUCAUUGCAGCGGUGGCGUCCAUACUGUCGGGUGUGUGCUACGCAGAGUUUGGUGUCCGGGUCCCUAAAACGACCGGCUCGGCCUACACCUACAGCUACGUUACAGUCGGGGAGUUUGUGGCGUUUUUCAUUGGCUGGAAUCUGAUCCUGGAGUACCUGAUCGGCACAGCGGCGGGGGCGUCGGCUCUCAGCAGCAUGUUCGACUCUCUGGCCAAUCACAGCAUCAGUAACUACAUGAUAACACACCUGGGCACGCUCAGAGGACUCGGUAAGGGUGAGGACACUUACCCCGACCUGCUGGCCCUCUUUAUCGCCCUUUUGGUUACAGCCAUCAUUGCCCUCGGUGUGCGUAAGUCGGUGGGCUUCAACAACGUCCUGAAUGCUGUCAACCUCGUGGUCUGGGUUUUUAUGAUCAUCGCCGGACUUUUUUUCCUCUCUGUCAGCAACUGGCAGGACGGCAACUUCCUGCCAUACGGCUGGUCAGGGGUGAUGCAAGGUGCGGCAACCUGUUUCUACGCUUUCAUCGGCUUCGACAUCAUCGCAACGACUGGAGAGGAAGCAAAAAACCCCAACACCUCCAUCCCCUACGCCAUCACCGCCUCGCUGGUCACCUGCCUCACCGCCUACGUGUCGGUGAGUGUCAUCCUGACCCUCAUGGUUCCCUAUAACCUGAUCGAUGGCUCAGCUCCUCUCAUGGAGAUGUUUGCUGUUCAUGGCUUCAUGGUGGGGAAGUACAUCGUGGCUGUUGGCUCCAUAGCUGGACUCACCGUCUCCCUGCUGGGCUCCCUGUUUCCGAUGCCCAGAGUCAUCUACGCCAUGUCCCGGGACGGACUGCUGUUCAGCGUUACACCACUCCCAGUGCUCCUGCGAUGUCUGAAUCUCCUGAACUGUGUCGAAAUGGCAACGCUUCAACUUGAAGUACAUUUUGGGUUCCUGUCACAUGUGUCGGCGCUCACACACACUCCGGCAGUGGCCUGUGUGGUUUCGGGGACUAUGGCGGCCGUCCUCGCCCUGCUGGUGAGCCUCAGAGACCUGAUCGAGAUGAUGUCCAUCGGCACCCUGCUGGCUUACACUCUGGUCAGCGUCUGUGUGCUCCUGCUGCGCUACCAGCCCGAUGAACACAUCGACACCCACCAGUACAACUCUGAGGUGGACGUGGACGGCCUGAAGCAGCAGGACGGCGAAACCGUCCCCACCAAAGACGACCAAAUCCUGAUCGGCGGCUCCGACAAUGACGGAUCGUCUUCUUACCACGCCGGCGGGACUCAGGGGGAGGGAGACGACUCUGAUUUCCACACUGGCCACGCCUCGCUGCUGAAAAGGCUCCUGGGAGGUCAUUACUGCACCCUGCGGCUGUGGCUGGGAAUGCCCAACGCCUCAGCACGACCUACCCCCGCCAGCGGCCGAAUAGUGACCAGAUGUACCCUCCUCCUCUUCUUCACGUCCUUCUUCCUCUGGUCCACCGUCAUAUUUGGCGUUGAGCAGGGUUCAGGGGUUGGGGCAGUGUUUUCAGGCCUGAUGGCGACGCUGAUGGCGGGUUCUUUGGUGAAGCUUUUGGUUCUGAUCAUACAGCAGCCAGAGAGUCCGAGGAGGCUGCCUUACAUGGCGCCAUGCGUGCCCUUCGUCCCUGCUGCGGCCAUAUUGGUCAACAGCUACCUCAUGCUAAAACUGUCUCCGCUCACCUGGGCCAGGUUCACCAUCUGGUGCCUCAUAGGUCUGCUGAUCUACGGUUGUUAUGGAGUCUGGCAUAGUACGCUGGAGCUGGAUGCCCGCGAGCAGCAGGCCCACGCCAGCUCCUACCAGCGCUAUGACGACCACCUGGACGACACCUUCUCCCCCGAUGACGACCUCUACCCCCAGGAGCAGGACGAGGCGCCCUACCAGGGCUGGUCGGCCCCGGAGGAGAAGGGCCACCACUACCAGCAGCAACACCAGCAGCAGAACCAGUACGAGGACCAGGAGGCGGAGCAGCAGCAGUAUGAGGGUAAUGGGGACCAGCAUGGAUACCAGUCUGGAGGCCAGUAUGAAAGCAGAGGCAACAGGUCCAGAGGAAGGACCAAUUAUGGGUUUGACGACGAAGAGGAGGACUGAAUACAGGAGAACCCGAACAUUUUAUUCAACAAAGUCACACUUAGCGAGAACAUUUGUCAUUAAUUACCAGUGAACGCAUCAUUUUGUCUACUCAGCUUGGAUGUUUCAGUGGAAGAAGAAGACGGAUACGGUGGAAACCUCCCACACGUCUCGCUGAAUCACUUCAGCAAACACAUCAACACUGUCAAGCUGCAUAUUUGUGGGAGACGCUGCGGUGUUGCAAUACAGUUUAUAGCGUUGCAUCAAGAGUUAGCACAAGAAGAGCAACAACUCUGUACAGGACGGAGAAGACAAACCUGCACGUUCUUCUGCUUUUAUGUGGUUUUCUGUUUUCCUGUUAGCUUCUAAUGAAGUGAUGAAGUUACAGUCCAAGCUGGAGAUAUUUUACUCCCUUUAGCCAACCAUUUCAUGCUAAAGAGGUUCAGGUUUCAUUUUUGACAUCAUCAGAUCUAGUCCUAGAUUCAUGCCUAAUGUCAUUCAGAAAUUCCUCUUGUUCUUUAGCCUCUCGCUUCUCUUCAAAUAUGAAGAGCGAUCAAACAGUUCUGUGUGUGCCUUUGAGGAUCAAAAAUCAUCCCUGAUUUACAGCUAUGGAAAUAAUUCUUAGACCACCUGUUGUUUUCUUUGUAGAUAGAUAGAUAGAUAGAUAGAUAGAUAGAUAGAUAGAUAGAUAGAUAGAUAGAUAGAUAGAUAGAUAGAUAGAUAGAUAGAUAGAUAGAUAGAUAGAUAGAUAGAUAGAUAGAUAGAUAGAUAGAUAGAUAGACUUUGUCUGUCCCAAACAUCUUCUAAGAGACAUAAAAAACUCUGAUCCACUGCUAGUUCAAUACACCCAAUAAAUUAUGCUUUAAAUAAUGAUAUAAAAUUUUAAAUCGACACCAGAUGACUGAAAGCAUUUUUGGUUCACAGUUAAUUUGUGCUUAAGUUGUAUAUGUAAAAUCAACACAUAAUUUGAACUAAAAUAUCACUCAGCAGUGCCUAAAAGAAGAGAAUUCUGAAAUGACAAGAAGACAGAAAAAAAUGAAGCACAAAUUAAGCCCUGGGAUCUAGAAACGUUGUCCUAGUGGAUCCCCGUUUGUCGUUAACACAUUAGCUCUAGUCGACCAUUAAGCCUCGUAGAAGUCUCUGUCAUGGUGCCCGUUGCUAGCUAAACCCCCAAAAUGCUCUCUGUUCACCAACAUGGACUACCCAUAGUCUGAGUGACCACCUCCUCAUGUUGGUACAUUAUUUAACAGUACUACAGCUAAUCUGUAGAACACUUUAACCCAUUCUUGGCACUUGACAAAAAGGGAUACAGCAAGAGAGUUGUUGCUAACUGACCAGGAAUCUGUCAAACUUAUGUCCAUUACUGGACAUUAGAACUAAUCAAACCAUCAGUCUCAAGAACAUGAUUUUUCGUUUUCUUUUUUCAGACUCCCUGUGGUUGCUCACCUUUAUUAGACGGUGAACGCCACAUGCUGAUUCAGCUUUUCCUUUAAGUUUUGUUUGUGCACUUGGUGUUUUUCCUGUUUGGGUGAAUGGUGUUAUUUAGCGUCUGCAGAGGCAAAGUGUGAAAAUGAAGACAGGUGUUUGUUUUUUUGGGAAUAAAUGUCUCAUUUUGAGUGACAAAAAUAUUAUCCUGGGACUCUUUUUCAGGAAAAA